GUUUCUCCUCCCGCGUAGCAUCAGCUGCAAUUAUACCUCUAUCAUCGUAAAUCUCCACAGGCCAUUAAUAUUUGUUUCGGGGAACACUGUCAAGGGGAGUGCGAUCAUAAAUAUCGUGAAAGCACGCAACGUCGCGUCGACACAUCUGUGGCUGAAAGUCUUUCCGACGUUUCGUAUCGUAUUUCCGGCGAAAUAAUACUUCAUUUUGUGAAAUGGAGGCACCCAGCUCUCCUCGAGAAGCCUCUCCAGCGGUCACACUUCUCACGACCCUCCCGACUCACCCACUCAAUCGCAAGCGGAAACACGCUGCAGUAGUCAGUGUAGCUGCUUCUUCACCUGCGCCAUCAGAGCGAGGAAAUACACCAAAUAUCGUUACUGACGAAAUUGUCCUUCCCGCAAAACAUGCGGACUUGGCCUCUCGACCACGUCUCACCGUCUCUCGGCACCCGCAAUUCAUACCUGUAGCUCCAGGAUCACCUUACAAUACCACAGAGCCACUGUGCAGCAACCGACUCAAUUUCAGGUAUAUUCCAGCAGGGCUCUCAACUCCUGGGUCUGCUUUGCCCUUCCGGACGAUCGAAUCUGCGCCUCAAUCGUUUCGAGUAUCAUGGGAGGAUCGAAGUCCGUUUGUGAAAGUUACACAGGAUGGACUGGGUUUGCAAGGGGAGCGAGGUUUCAGAAGCGCGCGAUGUAAUGCACCCGUCCGCGAGGGUAAGUGGUACAUGGAGAUCAAGAUUGAGCGUGGAGGAGGAGACCACCCACCGGAUAGCACCCGCGCAGAGGGAAGCCAUGUACGACUCGGUUGGGCACGAAGGGAAGCACCUCUGAAUGCUCCAGCCGGUUUGGAUGGGUACAGCUACGCCAUACGGGACAGGGGUGGACAGAAAGUCCAUUUAUCUCGACCACGUCCGUACGGGAAACCUUUCAAAUCUGGCGACGUAAUUGGAAUGUACAUUUCCCUUCCAUCUCCACGUAGAAAGCCUAAUCCGAGGGAUCCACACGAUCCUGCUCAUAUCAAACGCGAAAGGAUAGCCAUUGAAUUCAAGGGCCAGGAAUAUUUCGAAUCUUUGGAAUAUUCACAGUCCAAAGAGAUGAUGGCUCUCAUGGAAGCAAAGGAUCGAGGGAAGGCGAAUAACUCAACUCCCGCUCCAACUUCAACUAAGAAGUCCGCCACCGUCAAGAACUUGCCUUCGACAGCUCGAGGGGGAAAGAGUGGUCCGCCAGAACCUGCUCCUAUGCGGCCACUCCCCACUCUAGGGCCUGAGUCUUGUGUUGCUUUCUUUGUCAAUGGAGAGAGUCAAGGCAUCGCUUUCCAAGAUCUUUAUGACUACUUGCCGUUGCGUGCAUCGCAGAAUAAAGCCCAAGAGAAGAAACGUAGCAGGGAGGGUGUACGGGAGCACAGGGAGAAUCUAUUUGAUGACGGGAGCUUAGGGUAUUACCCGCUCAUCUCUUUAUUCAACGAAGCCAGGGUCCGAAUUAAUCCAGGUCCUGAUUUCGACUUUCCUCCACCGCCCGACAUCGACGCUAUUCUUAUGGGUAAUGCUAAAGCCAUGGAUGUAAAACCGUUGCAAUCUGACAGUGCUCGUACUUGGCGACCAAUUCAUGAGCGGUAUCCGGAAUAUAUGCAGGAGCAAUUUGCAUUGGAUGCGAAGGAGGAGGCUGAGGCUGAGAAGAACCAGCAGACUGUCGAGCAACGCGACGAAGAAGAGGCUGAGAGAGCGGAACUUCGUCGAGCUAAACGGCGAGCCCAAGCCGCCGCCAGAAAAGAAAAGAAACAAAGAGAGAAAGACGUAGCGGACGCGAUCGCGAAGGAUGCCAAGCGAAGGAAAACUGAAGAAGCGAAUGGUAUUCUAGCCACAUCUGACAUGGCUGUCGAUGAAACACGCCCCUUUACUCCCUCCUCUUUGUCUGUCUUCCAGGAAUACGUCGUGGGCGCCUUUUCUGUGGUCGAUCAAGCAUAUUCUCCUGCUCCUACGGUUGGUUCCAGCGUGGAUGCUCAAGGGUAUUGGCAAGGUACGGGCCAUGAUACUAGCGAAUACAAUUCGGAGUAUGACGAGGUGAUCGAGGGGGAGGAUGGUGGCGCUGCCGAGCGAGAGACCGCACCUCCUGAAGGUGCCGAACUUAGCAUCGAGGAUGAAAUUGCUUUGGCUGCUGGAGAAUCAACAGAAUCGGUGAAGACUGGUCUGGGUAUAACGCUCGGAUGACAUCUUCCCUUGUGGGUCGGACAGGCCCGAUGCGGCUGGACUUGCAUCCGAGAACGAGUUCUGCAAGUCAGCAUCUGGUUUACAUCAUUCCCACCACUGCAUCCCUGUACCACUCACUCUUCCACGAUGACCUCCCCUAUGCACCGCGCUCUUGCAACCGACGAAAUCCUCAGACAUAUUCUGGGCUACUAUGAGUUGGAACCUCCUCGCAGCGAUGAUAUCAUACCUUCCAUGUCCGACUUUACACUCACCGAAGAUGACGUAGUGUCACGCCAAACAUUGGCAAAUGCAGCUCAAGUUUGCAAAGCCUUCUGCGAACCAGCCUUAGACAUAUUAUGGAGUGAUUUGCGAGAUUUGACUUGCCUUCUGAAACUUCUUCCAUCAUCCGUUCACAUCUUCCUCCAAAACUCCUUUUAUCUUCGCUCUGGUGAUCCCUGGACAACUGUAUACUCAUUGGAGCCACCCAUUAACCCUCAUGAAUGGGCUCGACUCAAGUGGUAUGCACAGCGCGUGCGAUCUCUUCACUACGACAGAAGCGGACUGGACCGGUCUGUUUUCGAAUUACUGCAAGAAUAUUGCGGGGAAGGGGCCGUAUUUCCCAAUCUGCAGGAGUUUUAUUGGCAGCAAACUUCGUCAUGUCUGCACCCCGAACUUUCUGUGUUUAUGUCUUCGUCACUCCAUACAUUCUCCUUUGCGACGCC